AGGGCGGAGAGAAAGGACCGCUGCCAGUGCAGCCCAGACGGAGAGCUCCAGAGGUGCGCCUGCGCACUGACCCCGGCGGGCCCUAGCAACCGGAGCAGUGACGGUAGCAACCGCCGGAAUGGCAAAAGCAACAACAAUCAAAGAAGCCCUGUCCAGAUGGGAAGAAAAGACUGGUCAGAGGCCAUCUGAGGCCAAAGAGAUAAAGUUGUAUGCCCAGAUCCCCCCAAUAGAGAAGAUGGAUGCAUCUCUAUCCACACUUGGUAACUGCGAGAAGCUUUCGCUGUCUACAAACUGCAUUGAAAAAAUUGCCAACCUGAACGGCUUGAAAAACUUGAGGAUUUUGUCCUUAGGAAGAAACAACAUCAAGAACCUCAAUGGACUGGAAGCAGUAGGGGACACAUUAGAAGAGCUGUGGAUCUCCUACAAUUUUAUCGAGAAGUUGAAAGGGAUCCAUGUGAUGAAGAAACUGAAGAUCCUCUACAUGUCUAAUAACUUGGUAAAAGACUGGGCUGAGUUCGUGAAGCUGGCAGAACUGCCGUGCCUGGAAGACCUGGUGUUCGUGGGCAAUCCCCUGGAGGAGAAGCACUCUGCUGAGGGGAACUGGAUCGAUGAAGCCACCAAGAGAGUCCCGAAGCUGAAAAAGCUGGAUGGUACUCCAGUAAUUAAGGAGGAUGAGGAAGAGGAAAGCUAAGGCCGUACUUUACACUUUGUAUUAAUUUAUUUAAAUGUUAUGAGAACAAUAGAUCCGUUUUGUAUGAUUGUC